UCGGCUGAUCUGCAGCGGAUGUUUUGAGCCGAAAGAAGAACCCGGACUCCAGAGUCCGGUGCGUCGCGUGAAGAGAAGGCGGCGAAAAGCAGAAUAGAAACUGGAAACAAGAAGAACUCGAGCAUGAGGAGCUCGCUCAGGCGCUCCACCUCAUGGUGCUGCUGAGUUAAACAAAAGCUCAUUUCAACAUUUAGGUACAAACCUGUUAAUAUCACCCUCAAGUGGUACAUCUAUUCAAGGACUGAGUGCUGAGUGACUCAUAAAAGUCAAAUUAUCCAUUAGACAGCAGUUACAAUUUUCGUCUACAAUAGUUAGGACAGCUAUAGUUACUCGGCAGGAUAAAAAUGAAAUAUUUAACAAAUAUCACUUAAAAAAAAGACUGAAGGGAUACCCAACAACACAGUAUGGAUGUUUAACAUUUCCAAUUAAAAAACAAACAAAAAAAAUUUAAUUCCUUUAAGUAUUUGGGUUUUAAAGGAGUCAAUGAUCUAGUGUUUUGCACAUACAAAAAACAGAUCAAAUUUAAAACAAAUGUGCAUCAUCACCACCACCUCCUAUUAAUCAUCUCUGGACAAACAAAUACACCUUGCGACGAUCUGGAGGGGUUUUAGCAUCUCUGGUUCAUUCAUUCAUUCAUUCAUUCAUUCAUUCAUUCAUUUUCUAAUUGCUUGUCCUCUGGAGGACAACGGGGAGUACACCCUGGACAGGUCCCAUCAAAAGUCUGUAAAACCACUCCACCUGGGCCUCCUCACACAUCUAAACAGAUGCAACUCUUCAUUUGAAUGUUAUUUAUAAUUUGUACUAUGAUGAGAGUCAUAAUCUGCAGAAUGUCAUACGUGUACUUCGGAUUUUAAAUACCGCCUCUUGUUAUAUGAACACGCCUUCCACCACCGGCUGCGAGCAAGAGGGUUUCUGAUUAAAAUCGCUCAAUUUCUGUGCAGGAACAUGAGGGAGAAAUAACCUCAGUCAUGUCAUCGCCCCUCGGUGCAAACAGACCACACAUGCAGCUUUACAUGUCUUCAAGUCUCCUUUUUUUUUUUCCUCUCUCCACAUGAUCACAGCUUAUUGAUGAGCGGCGGUGACUCCCCAUCCCUCUCACCUUCCCCCGGCCCUCCUCCUCCUCCUCCUCCUCCUCCCUGCCUCCUUUCCCCUCCCUCUCUCCCACACGCAUGCAUACAGACCGACAGGCUACGGCGACCCCCCUCCCCCCCUUCCAUCAUUUUCCCAUCUCUUACUCACUCUCUUCCCUACAACAAACAUGGCCGCGAAAUCUGAUGGUGCACCCAUUUCUCUACGAAACGAAAUUCCGCCCGAGUGUCCCUCCAGGUCGGACCCGCGGCCUCCGCAGCGCGGUCCCCCCGAGCAGCGCUACUCCCUGUCGGACUGCUGCUGGACGCUGUGCGCCCUUUUGGUCUUCUUCUCGGACGGGGCCUCAGACCUGUGGCUGGCCGCGGACUACUACCUAAGGAGGGACUACUGGUUCUUUGCACUGACUCUCGUCUUUGUCAUAGUCCCGUCCGUGGUCGUGCAGGUGCUGAGCUUCCGAUGGUUCGCCUACGACUUCGCGGAGACCGUGGACAGCGGCACGGCUGCGGCCGCCGUGGUGGCGGCGUCGGGAGCGCAGGAGAGCGACUUGAGCACCAAGGACAGCGGCGAGCGGGGCGCUGGCCGCACCGCCGCGGCCGAGGUGCUGCCGGGGCCGGGCACCGGGGGAGGAGCCCUGGGCUGCUGCAAAGUCUUCAUGUGGCUCUUCCAGGCCAUCAUUCAUAUCUUUCAGCUGGCGCAGGUCUGGAGGUAUGUUCACGCCUUGUACCUUGGCGUGCAGAGCCGCUGGCACGCGGACCCGGAGCGACGUCACUACUACUGGCGCAUGAUGUUUGCGAGCGCUGAUAUCAGCAUGCUGCGUCUGCUGGAGUCCUUCCUGAAGAGCGCCCCUCAGCUGGUGCUGCAGCUCAGCAUCAUGAUCAAGGCCAGUCAGGUGCUGCCCCUCCAGGGGCUUUCAGCUUCUGCCUCACUGAUAUCGCUCGCCUGGAUGAUCUCCUCCUAUCAGAAGGUCCUGAGGGACUCGCGAGACGAUAAGCUACCCAUGACCUACAAGGCCGUCGUAGUCCAGAUCCUGUGGCACUUGUUCACCAUUGGAGCCCGCACCCUGGCCUUCGCCCUGUUCGCCUCCGUGUUCCAGCUCUACUUUGGCAUCUUCAUCGUGGCGCACUGGUGCAUCAUGACGUUUUGGAUCAUCCAAGGCGAAACGGACUUCUGCAUGUCCAAGUGGGAGGAGAUCAUCUACAACAUGAUGGUGGGCAUCGUGUAUGUUUUCUGCUGGUUCAGCGUCAGAGAGGGCCGCACCCGCUGCAGGAUGCUCAUCUACAGCCUGACUGUGUUCGUGGAGAACGUGGCGCUCACCACCGCCUGGUACGUGUACCGCGGCUCUCGUACCUCGGACUUCUACGCAGUCGUCAUGGUGUGCGUGGUGGCCAGCAGCUACGCCCUGGGCACGUUCUUCAUGUUUGUGUACUACUGUCUGCUGCACCCCGACGGCUCGGUCUCAGGGUGGGGUUACAUCGUGGAGAAGGAGGUGCCCGCGGAGUCGCUGGCUUCCCCCGUUUCCAGCCUGCCCCCUGACCUGGUGAGCAGCCCCCCCAGGACUCUUCAGAGAACUAAAGGGUCAGACAGAGAGCAGGGACCCGUGGUAGACGGAGACGUGUUUCAGGUCCGGCCGCCUCGGGGGGCUCAGGCUCCGGUGCCCCACCUCACACCCAGGACAGAGGGGCCGGUCAUCCGAAUAGACCUGCCCAGGAAGAAGUACCCCGCCUGGGACGCCCACUACAUCGACCGCCGGCUGCGCAAAACCAUUCUGGUGCUCGAGAGUGCCGCGCCGGUCACGCCAAGGAUUCAGUACCGCUGCCUGGGCACACCCAAAGAAGUGAUGGAGUACGAGACCACCGUGUGACGUGCUGAAGGCGCUGACUCUCGCUGAGCUGUCUGCUUCAGCUCCUCGCCCGCUCGGCGGCUCUGCCGGGCACGGGACACAAACACGCAGAGGGAAGGGGACUGAGCGUUGUGUCUUUAUUUUCUACAAAGGCAAGAAUCUGUGAUAUUGUCUGACGAUGGUGCAUAUUUUGGUUUCUGUAUCAUUUCUCAGGUCAGGACGUGGUACAGGCAGAAGUAAGCCACAAAGCUCACUGUACAGUGAACGUAGGGAGAAGCACAGGCAGGCUGUUAUCAAUCAGAGGCACUAAGCCCUCCUCAGUGACGGCGCUUCAGCACAUCCUCUCCAGGCGGUCGACGGCAGAGACAAGCCUUCAACAUGCAUGAUUAUUUAUGGCAGCUAGAGCUGAAGCAUCCCUGGUGUGUGGGUGAGGCGUUCAAAGACGGCAGACUUGCACUGUAACUCUACAAUAAACACAACACUGGUCGCGACGUUCAUAAUCAUACUUAUCCAUAGCUACUCACUCAUGUUGAAGGGGUCUCUGAAAAGUGCUGCUGCUGCGGGGGCAGUUCAGAAGGCAACAUUUGAGUUGAAUGUAAAAACAGUUGAAAGUGUGAUUAUUUGUGACGAGGCUUUUGAACUUUUUCAUGCUGUUAGUGGGAUUUACAACAUUCCUGUGGUAUUAUAUUCGUUUUGUUAGUUUCUUUUUUUUUUUUUACAAAAGCUAGAACAAAAAAAAAGAGAUAUGUGUGUGUUUACAAGCGAUCUGUUACUUUUGAGACAUGCUAUCACUAUCAUAACAACGAGAUGCACCUCCAGAAUGUGUAUGCACUGAACAAUAGCACACGUCAUGAUUUCGACUGCAUUUACAGGAUGUAUUCCACGGAUAAGACGCUCAGCUGUUGUAUUUUCAUACUGUAUCCACAACACAAGCAACAAGGCCGACGUUUCAUUUACAUGUAAAUUACUGUACAAUGGAGAGGAAUUUGCAGAGGGACAGCACAGUCUGUAAUUGUACUUUAUCCAUACUUUGUUGUCUGAAAAAUGUUUUUUAAAAAAAAAAAAUAGCAGCAGACUCCUAACAGAGUAGCUUUGAUAUUAUUGAUGGUACAGAUAUGUAGUACUCUGGGAAAGGCUUUAAUUUACCGACCUCUUAUUUUCUUAGAAUUUCCUCAAAACUGUUCUUGGAAAAAAAAAAAAAAAAAAAAAGAGAGAAGAUGUAAUUUGGUAAAGAAUUUUACCACAAAAUAUACACAGAGUUCACUGCUGCUAGUUUUAUGUUGCAGUUGCUGAUUUCCAGAAGAAUUUUCUGCUCUAUUUAAUUCAUUCUUCAUCCACUAAUUGUUGGAAACACCCGGUUUUACAUGAUCAGCUGACCUGCUUUACACCCACAGAACCAAGUGUGUAUUUUAAGUGUAAUCAGUGAGAAAUUGCAUUGAAUUGAAGGAAAUUCUAAGGACGGCGUGGCGCUGUAAAACGAACCUUUACCAUGUGUUUCUUUAUCAGGGUUGUUUUCCAGGAUGGUCGCAAGAGCAACAUUUCCGAAGCGUGCGCUUGUCUGUGUGUGAGCUCACGUACCAGCAUGUGUGUAAGCGGGCAGGGGGGGGGUGGGAAAGAGUCCUGCCAUGCAGAAAAAAAAGAAAGUGGCUGCGAUUAUGGUGCUAACUGUUUUGAGUCCAUCAUGUAACAACCACACGGGGGUACCAUCAAAAAACGAGCUUGUUGUGGCAGGGACCUGUUAGUCGGGCGGGGCUGUACCUCAAACACAAAGCUAAACGUUAAAAAGCCUUAAGCUGGUCAUGCCAGACUGUUGCUGGUCAGAGCAAGAACAAAAAAAAAAGAUUAACAAGAAGGUGAUGACAAUUUCAUUACGUUGGUGUUGCUAAAAUAAAGAGCAAUGUGUUUACCUUU